UUUUCUUGGGUCUUGGUUUACUAUGAUGUAUACGUUCCAGGUGUGUUUAGUGGUCUUAUGUAGCUACUGAAAUAUCGCCGCCUCAUUAUUUGCUGUAAGUGAAAAUUAUAUGGUUUUCUGGCGUGCGUUUCACACCGCUGUCCGCUCUGCUUCUGUAUUUUUUCAGAAGAAUGUAUUGCAGCGUGCCUUUCUGCAAGUCGGACAGGAAAAGAAAGCUUGGAAUAAGUUUUCAUGAAUUUCCUGCGAGCGAUGACCGUCGCCAAGCGUGACUGAAGGCGAUAUCAAGAAAAGAUUUUGUCCCAAAUGACAAAUCAUCGAGCAGUGUCGUCUGCAGCCUUGAUUUUGCGGAUUCGGACUACACUCUGGGGUCCACCAAGCUUCGCCGCCUCAAACGGCAUGCUGUUCCGAGCAUAUGUUCAGGAUACCCAACCUACAUGCACCCACAAAAGCCACAAAAAAGCCGUAAAUUGAAGCGAGUGGUACAGGACUUCCCUUCACACAAAGAAAAGGCAUCAAGUUUAUCAAGUUGCCAUGCCAAAGUGACUGGUUCAGCCUGUGACAGUGCAACCAGCACAGGCCAGUCAAAUUCUGAUUGCUGGUUGCCAUCAGUCCCUGAAGUAAACACAGAGGCAAGUUUUCAAGGUGCAGGCCACGACGGAGGCCAUCUGCCGCAGUCUUUUGUAAGCCAUGUGUCAGUAUUAGGCCCCAAGGAGGAUCAGGUGGCUACAGGUACGAAAACAAGUGCACAAGAUGCAGUAGGUGACCUGCAGCGGCCUACUAACUCAGUUGAAUGUGCAGCACAAACUUGUGAUGACCUCCUUCCACGCAAGCAGUCACAUGCAAGGGCAAUCAACAGAAUGAGGGCGCAGUUGUUUAGAAAAGCAGAUUCUGUAAGGAGACUGCAGCGAGAAAACAGCCGCCUAAAAAAGAAGCUCAGUGGUUAUGAGAACAACACCCUACACUCAGCAAUCAGAAAAUGCUUGGAGAAGGUUGGCACGGCCCAGUUCUGCCUAGAAGAUUUCUUAGUGGAGCAGAUCACCAAUGCAACAAAGCAACGACCCGUGUGGUCCCCAGACUUUGUACGGGAAUGUGUACUAUUGUACUACUUGUCCCCGAAGGCGUACCGUUACAUACGCAACCGAGGCCUGUUUAAACUGCCUUCGAAAAACACCCUCCUUCGGUAUGUCGGAAAGUCGGACGGUGAAAGUGGGAUCACCCCACUAAUGAAGGAACGUUUAAAAGAAGAGGUGGGCAACCUGAAAGAGCAAGCCCGGCUUUGCUCAAUUAUUGUAGUUGAGAUGGCCAUAAGCUCCAAAUACAUCUACGACCGUAAAAUGGAUUGCUUUUUCGGGCAGCGAACUGUAAAAGAAAACAGUGCAGCAGCAGAGAACAUCAGCAACAUCAUGCUUGCCAACAAGGUGCUAUGUUUUGUUGCUACAGGAUUGUCCACAGCAUACAAGAUACCUUGUGGCUUCUUCUUCACGAACCGUCUAAGUGGCAAGCUUUUGUACCAGCUUACAAAAGAGGUGAUCUCUGAAGUCGAAAAGUGUGGUCUCUGUGUUAUCCGGAUUGUCACCGAUAAUCACAAAGUUAAUGUUACAAUGAUGCGUCACCUGAAGAACGGCUCACUCAAGCCUGUGGUCACUCAUCCAUGUGACCCAGAAAGAAGCUUAUUUGUGUCCUUCGACCAGUGCCAUAUUAUAAAAAAUGUGCGAAGCCUUUUGCUUGAGGGGGAGAUGACAAACGGAAGCCAACCAAUAACAGGACAGUUUGUUAAGCAGCUGUAUGACCUACAAAAGAACGAGGUUGUCAAACCAGUUCGCUUCCUUACGCAGAAGAACGUAGAACCAACGAACUUCGAGAAGAUGCACGUCGGCAGGGCGGUGCAGCUGUUUUCAGACGAUGUCAUCUCGGCACUUUCUUUUUUGAAGGAAUACCCCAGUCGCCACCCCCAGGCAGAUAAAUUCAGAAACGCAGGGGCGACAAUACUGUUUAUGAAGAUGAUGCAAAAGUGGUUCGCCAUUCACAAUGUGGCCAACCGAACUGCGCAUGUGCACAUGAGACAGCCUGACCAGAUGCACUUCUUCUGCUCGACUGAUGAACGCCUACAGUGGCUGGAAAAGGACUUCCCAGACUAUCUCAAGCCUCUCGACAAUUCCUGCAAAAGGAGUGGGAUGAAGUUUCUAAGUGCAGAGACUUACGAAGCUCUUUUGCUGACAAGCAAAUCUACGGUUUUGUGUGUAAAAUUCCUUCUCGAGAGUGGUUUCUUUUAUGUUUUAACGAGGAACCUCUCAAGCGACCAUGUGGAACUCCUCUUCAGUUCUCUACGGCAAAUGGCCGGUGGCAAUGACUGCCUGGAUGCGAGAGCCGUGACGUUCAGCCUGGAGAGGAUCUUCAGGACUGGCAAUCUCUGCCCAUCCCAGUCUUCAAACGUGAAGAACGGGCAGGCUGUCUUAAGGUAG